AUGGUGGCCUUUGCAGUGGGGGGUUUACUCGGUGAUACUCUAUUUCACUUGUUGCCUGAGAUCUUCUUGGGAGAAGACUCGCCGGAACACGCCCGAUUCGUGCUCGUGGACAACAACAAGAACCUUCUACUUGGCCUUGGAAUCAUGGUGGGAUUUUUCACUUUCGUAGCCAUGGACAAGUCACUGCGUAUCGCAACUGGGGGAGAGGGGGGCCAUGACCAUGGGCAUUCCCAUGAUACCCAAGACUCAGCCGUAACAACAGGGUCUACUUCCGAGAAACGCAGUAAAAAUGGCGAAGUUAAAAAGCGGAAAACCAAGAUCAAUGCCACUCAAAAGCAGGAGGAGCACGAGGAAAAGAAGGAAGAUAUCAACCCAAGUGCAAAGCUAGGAGGAUACUUGAAUCUCAUUGCCGAUUUCACUCAUAACAUUACAGAUGGACUGGCGCUCUCUUCGUCGUUUUAUGCUUCGCCGACCAUUGGCGCUACAACCACGGUAGCCGUUUUCUUCCAUGAGAUCCCCCACGAGGUUGGGGACUUUGCUCUUUUGAUACAAUCUGGUUUCUCCAAGAGAAAGGCUAUGGGGGCACAAUUCGUCACUGCCAUUGGCGCUUUCCUCGGGACCUUUAUCGGCAUCGCUGUGCAGGAAUUUGGUGGCAAUGCCACCGAGUCAACCACAUCGGCGCAAGCUGCUAGCGGACUUCUGGGAACUGGGCUUAGCUGGGGUGACAUGUUGCUUCCAUUCACCGCGGGGACGUUUCUCUAUGUUGGCACCGUGGCAGUUAUCCCAGAGCUGCUUGAGACGGGUAAAGAAAAAGGCGUAGAGGUUCGAAAGACAUUAUCACAGUUUCUGGCAGUCGCUGCUGGUGCGGGAAUUAUGCUUUGGAUCUCUUGGUCUUGA